AACAUACACACUAAUACACAAUCCCCAUGACGUAACCUUGGACUUAGGACUUGCAAACAUAUUUUUGAAAGUCAAAUACUAUCUUGCCGAGGCAUGACAACCCUUGGAGAUGGGUCUGAUGGCGAGAUUAGUGAGUUUCUUGAGGAGAAAACCUUUGGCGAAGAAUAUUGUUGGAUAUGGGUCUAUGUAUGUAGGAGCGGAGUUCACGCAGCAAACUUUGACCAAAAAGAUAUGGAGAGAUGACAAAGAUCCAGCGUAUGAUAUCCCAUCUUUUGGUCGAUACUCAUUCUUUGGAUUCGUCUGGUAUCCUGUGGCAUACCAUUAUUGGUAUCGAUGGCUUGAUGGAAGGUUUGUGGGUACUUCCUUGGCUGUGAUAACAUCCAAAACCUUGCUCGACCAAUUUCUCAUGGAACCACCUUUGUUAGCAUCUUUCUAUGUUGGGAUGAGUUUACUUGAGGGGCAGGAGGAUAUAUUCAAGGAGUGUAAGAAAAAGUAUAUACCAACAUUUAUUAGUGGUUGUGUCUUUUGGUUGCCUGCAAUGGCUCUAAAUUUUUGGUUGAUGCCCAAUUCAAUGAGAGUUCUUUUCCUUGGUGCAUGUACAUUUUUAUGGUGCAAUUUUAUAUGUUGGUACAAGCGACAAUAAUGUAAAUUUUGUAGUAAAAGUAAGUAAAUAAAUAAAUUACUUUUAUUAAG